AUGGUCUCUUUCUCAAGCCUCUUUGUAGCUGCCUGUGCUGCUGUAAGCGCCUUUGCGCUUCCCAAUGAUUUGGAAAAGCGACAGACCAUCACUACAAGUACGCAAGGAACCAACAAUGGCUACUUCUAUUCUUUCUGGACCAAUGGUGGUGGUAGUGUUUCCUACACCAACGGUGCUGCGGGUCAAUAUAGCGUCAGCUGGACCAACUGCGGAUCUUUCACCUCUGGCAAGGGCUGGGCUACUGGCAGCGCCCGAAACAUCAACUUUUCCGGCUCUUUCAAUCCCUCCGGAAAUGCUUACCUAGCUGUCUACGGGUGGACCACUAGCCCCCUUGUCGAAUAUUACAUUAUGGAAAGCUAUGGCGAAUACAACCCAGGCAGCAGCAUGACCUUCAAGGGAACCGUGACCAGCGAUGGGUCCGUCUACGAUAUAUACACCCAUCAGCAGGUGAACCAGCCUUCCAUCUCAGGAACUGCGACCUUCAACCAGUAUUGGUCCAUCCGCCGGACCAAGCGUAGCAGCGGAACAGUCACUACUGCUAAUCACUUUAACGCCUGGGCUUCUCUCGGAAUGAAUCUCGGCUCCACACACAACUACCAAAUUGUCAGCACCGAGGGAUACGAGAGCAGUGGAUCCUCGACCAUCACCGUUUCAUAA